AUGUUGAGGACUGUGGGUAGAAUAUCCGCUAAGUUUCCAACAAGGAUAUGUAUGACUUCGUUGACAAAGAGAUUUUAUCAAAUACCAACAGGUUCACGUAAGAUCAUACCUGUCUAUCCACCUGUUCAGACGUCCCCUGCUGUUAAAAAUGCUACCCUAUUACAAAAACUAUCAGAAAUUGAUCUAAAAGAAAAUCUAGAUACAGACGGUUGGAGAUUUAAAUUGAUUGACAAACAUAACAAAGACUGCAUUAGAGCUGGAGAUAUCAUUAGAAUAGUCUAUAAUAAAGAUAAAUGUUCUUAUGAUAAUUUUAUCGGUUAUAUUCUAUCUGUAGAUCGUAAAGAAAGGAUACAAGAUGCAUCAGUGCUAUUGAGGAACCAGAUAUCGAAAGUUAUGGUAGAAGUUAGAGUGCCAUUAUUUUCUCCUUUAGUGGAAAGAGUUGAUAUCUUAAAGAAAUCAGAUGGAUCUAGAAAGAGAAACAAGCAUUAUUAUAUUAGAGGUACCAAAUUGGAUGUAGGUAAUUUAGAAUCUAAAUUGAGAAAGAAAUAG